AUGGUUGCUGUGUUGAUGGUCCUCACUAGCCAUGAAGACAUGGGUAACACUGGCAAAAAGACAGGAUGGUAUCUCCCAGAACUGGCACAUCCACAUCAUGUUUUUAAAACGGCGGGGUAUAAUAUGACAUUUGUCAGCCCUAAGGGAGGAAAGGCUCCUUUGGUAAGUAUUAUGCCUUUUAGCUACUUCAGUGGGUACUGUAUUUAUUCACUUAUAAGGCGCACUCGGUUAUAAGACGCACCCUAAACUUUCGAAGACGAUUGUGACAAGUAAGCAAAAUCAAAAUUUCACCUAAAUACCCUGUUAUAAGGCGCACCCAGAAUUACGGGAAAAUUUUGUUGACCACAUGGCUACAUGGUUUCAAUAUCAGGGUGGCCAAGGAGGGAUACCUAUCACGCUGACCUAUUUUAGGCCAUCACUCUUCACAUAAAUAAGGUGCAAUUGCACUGAGUUAACAUGGCAAUAUCUCACCCACUGAAUGAAUCAGGUCUAGUAAAAAGUUUUCAGCGUCAUGUUUUUCUGGUGUUGUUUCAAAUAUUAACGAUAUUAGCCAGUAUGAUUCCGCGCAUUCAGAUAGUAGAGUGUGCAAUUUAGAUGGUGGGGAGAUUAGGGUGAGAGCGAGGGUUCCCUCCCCUCGUUUAUUUUUUCAUCACCAAUUUUUUGCCUGCCUUCUACUAUCUGAAUGCCUGGAACAGGCUAAGAAUAUGUAGUGAAUAGCUGUCAUAGUACGAUUUUGACGGGAGAUUAGGCGAGCUUGAGGACUGAGAAAAAGGACCUGAAAAUGAUGACAUGAUUAUCUGUUUUUAAUUUCUGUGUUUCUAGUUUCAAAUGAUAUUCACUAUGACUCAUCAUGUGUUAUGAAACAGUAAAUCACGCACCACCCUGCUAAACCCAAUCACGCCUCACAUGGCUAAUUUGGUCCUAAUCAUGCAUCAUGCUGAUAAUUAAGGACCCAUCAUGCAUAAUGAAAACCGAGAGAUAUGUCCACUGAGGAAUGACUGUCCUUGCCAACAAGAAAAUGGAUGUGAAACGAGACUGGGAUGUAACCACUUUCAAAAAGAAAUCAUAGGAUGAAGUAACUGGUCCUAUGCUACAAGUCUUCAAGCCUGUCAUCUUCAACUUAUUUUAAAACCUUGAUAUUAGGAAAGGUUAAACAGCUUUUUAGUCACUGUAGAUGAAACAGUUAGGCUUGAAAUACUCAAUGAAACGUAACAAAACUUAGUUUGAUCUACUAACAUGUAAAGCAGAACAGCAAACACAUGUCUUAAGUUUCUCUAAACAGGACUCCAAUAGAGAGAGGCAUGCACACAACUAUGACAACAUCUUAAGACUUGCAGAGUAGCCAGUCUUGCAUUACUGUACCAGUAACUGGCAGCUUUCCUAAGGGCAUUAUUUUGGUCUCCAUUUUAUCUUACUGUACAUUAAAUAAAACAUUUGACUGUAUCUCAUCAUUGUAGUCAAAACAAAAAACACCCAAUAUUUAAAACCGGUGGGGAAAGAUUCUCACAGUUCUUGUUCUUUAAUCCUUAGGAUCCUAGUAGUCUUGAAGCUUUUAAGGAUGAUACAAUCUGCCAAGAAUUCUUAGCUGAUAAGGAGGCAAUGAACCUUGUUGACAACACUAAUGCUAUUACAUCCAUCAAAGCUGCUGACUAUGAUGUUGUCUUCUGUGUUGGAGGGCAUGGCCCCAUGUUUGAUCUUCCAAACAAUGAUGAUGUUAACAAGGCAAUAGCAGCAAUAUAUGAAAAAGGAGGUAUUGCCGCAGCAGUUUGCCAUGGACCUGCUGGUAGGUGACAAGAUUCAAAGAUAAAGUUAUCAUGGCUAAUUUCACUAACACUCUGAAGAAUGAGUCAAAUGUGUGGAGUGGGAAAGACAGGGGGGAUGGGGAGUAGUCCUUCCCCACCUCCUCAUCAAGUGAAUGUCUCUUCUUUGAUUAGGCAAAAUAACUGAAAGGGUGCCUGAAUAAAGCCCCAAGUGACUUCUGUGUAACCAAUGGAUUUGAUUUUAAAUACUGUAAAUCCUCUAUUAAGACCCGUGUGGAGCUUAUUUAUUUCAACCACAUUUGAGGGGGCUUACUCAAAGAACAUGGUAUCAGUUCUCCAUAAAGAACUAGACUGCAAAGUGGAAAAGCUUAAGUACAGGAAGUUGGAGGUCGUGCAUCUCAGGAUGAAAAACGUCCAGCUGGUCAAUAAAACAUCCUGGAUCAGUCCUCACAAAAGUUUUACAGUUGUAAUAGACUGCUGACAGUCAUGAUUGAUUAAUACAGUCUGUCAUUAUCAGUGAAUAAUACUGAGGGGAAGAGGAGAGGGGGGGGGAGGGGGGGCUCAUUAACUUUCUUCCCUGAAAAGGGAGGGCUUAUUAGAGAGGGUGGACUUUGUGAUAUGUACAUGUAGUUCUUGUUUUUAUUACCGAAACUAUGUGUAACUAGUAGUAAUGUUUCCACCCUUGUUAAAUUUAGUUUCUUUUUCUUCUCCUACAUGCUUAUCAAUCAAACAGAGAAUUUAAUUUUAGAUCAGGAGUCACAGGGCCUUUUGCUAGAGCUGCAAAUAAUCAGCAAGCCGGUUUGUGUCAUGCAGCGACAUAGAAACCUUCUGUAAAACUGAAGCUUUGUUCCCUAAUUCUCUGCUAACAGGGAUUGUAAAUACAAAGUUAUCAAAUGGCGAUUACCUUAUAAAAGGGAAAAAAGUGACAGGCUUUACUAAUGCAGAAGAGGAAGCUGUCAAGUUAGUUGAAGCAAUGCCUUUCCUGUUGGAGACCAAGCUAAAGGAAAAUGGGGCACAAUUUGAAAAAGCACCUAAUAUGUUUGAGGCUUGUGUCUGUGCAUCAGAUAGAGUGGUGACUGGUCAAAAUCCAGCCUCUGCCACCCCCAUGGCAGAAAAAAUAGUGGAGCUUUUGAAGCAAAAAUAGAUGCAAGUUUGAUUCAGCCAGAAUACAGCCUUUUCUAUUUUCAUGCAAAUGAUGUAGUAGAAAUGUUGUAGAGAAAAAUGGACCAAGCACAUUUAUUUAUGCAUUUUUCAUCACUGUUACUAAGUGUAGCUUGUUAGAAAAAUAAAGUAAAAAUCGUUCCUAAAGUGGAAAUGAGUCUAUUUUAUUUUCUUUUUGAGGGUUGUAAAUAGUUAAGGUGAUUCCCUGGUUUUGCACUGCGCAUCUCUUACUGCGCAUAACAAGAUGGCCGCCGUAAAAAAGAGC